AUGUUGCACAUUCACUUCGAGCGUCGAGGCACUGCGCUGGCCUUGUGCCCUGUCAGUCACACAGAUCGGUCUGUGUUGUUAAAUAACCUCACGAAUCUACUCUCCUCCCGCUUUGACCACCGAGGCAAUGAUGAUGACUUGGAUGAGGCUAUCGCACUGCACAGGGAAGCACUGGUCUUAUGCCCCAUCGGUCACACACAUCGGUCCAUGUCAUUAAAUAAGCUCGCGAAUCGACUCUCCACCCGCUUUCAGCACCAACACAAUGGAGAAGACUUGGAUCAGGCUAUCUCACUUUACAUGGAAGCGCUGGCCUUGUGCCUGGUUGGUCACACACAUCGGUCCAUGUGGUUAAAUAACCUUCACAGAGGCAACAACCAUGACUUGGAUAAGGUUAUUGCACUUCACAGGGAAGCGCUGGCCUUGUUUCUGGUCAGAAACAAUGAAGAUUUGGAUGAGGCUAUCGCACUGCACAGGGAAGCCCUGGCCUUGUGCCCGGUCGGUCACACACAUCGGUCCAUGUCAUUAAAUAACUUCAUGAAUCAACUCUCCUCCCGCUUUGACCACCAAGGCAACGACAAAGACUUGGAUCAGGCUAUCGCACUUGACAGGGAAGUGCUGGCCUUGCGCCCUGUUGGUCACACAGAUCGGUCCAUGUCAUUGAAUAACCUCGCGACUCAACUCUCCUCCCACUUUCAGCACCGAGGCAACGACAAAGACUUGGACCAGGCUAUCGCAUUUCAUAGGGAAGCACUGGCCUUGCGCCCUGUCAAUCACACACAUCAGUCCAUGUCAUUGAAUAACCUCGCGACUCAACUCUCCUCCCGCUUUGGGCACCAAGGCAACGAUGAAGACUUGAAUCAGGCUAUCGCACUUGGCAGGGAAGCGCUGGCCUUGUGCCCGGGAGCAGCAAAUGUUGUCUCUGGAGGCUUGCUAUUCCGCCUGCGAGCAAGUCUACUCUGGGUUACGAAUGCCUGUCAACAUUCACACGUCACUGAACUGGAAGCAUAUGCAACUUCCAUGCAACUUCUGGAUGCUUACAUGUCUAAGACCGCUUCAGUAUUGUCUCGUCACAAAAUCAUGAAGGACUUCCCGAGUACACUUGCCGUUGAUGCAGCAUUGUGUGCUCUUCAUAGUGAUGAUAUGACACGACUCCGCACCCCUCUUGACAGCCUCCAGACUCGUGGUGAUCAUGCAAUGGCCCUGAUGAAGAGAUUCCGAGAUCUCAUGGAGGAUUGGAAUAGAGCCAUAGAAGAGAUCUGGGAGAUCGAGGGCUUCUCUCGCUUCCUCCUUCCCCCCUUAUUCUCUGAUCUUCAAGAUGCAGCUUGUGAUGAGCCUAUCAUCAUUCUCAUCGCAAGCAAGUCGUCUUGCCACGCUAUUAUCAUUCCACACAAGCAACCUCCGACUAGCAUUCAACUCCCUACUGAUUUUCUGAAACUCGCUAAAUUGGUGGUCGCACUUCAACAGGCAGUUGGAAAAGAGGCUGGUUCCCGAAUAUGGUGGUGCCUGACGUCUCUAUUCAAUUUCUUGCUGUUGCAUGCUGCUGGUGAAUACAGGGCAAGGGGAAAGUCUGUUUCACAGCAGUACAUCUCCUCAUACAUGCCAUCUCUCACCACGCUGAUCAAGGCUUCUGGUGCCUCGUUCACGUUGGAUGCUGUGGAGCCAGAGCUGGAAUUGGUGCAAAGACUUUUGCCCCCUCCCCCCACUAUUUCCUUUUCCAAGAUAACCAGUGUUGAUGCCACGAAAUCGAGAGCACUGCGCGCAUUGCGCGACAAUACUUGGACACAGAAAAUUGACGAACCCUUCAAGUCAGCCUUUCUAAUGCGUGACAAGCCACUUUCACUCCUCGAUAUCAUUCAGACGGAUCUGUCUCAGCAUGAAUUCACAUUUCUUUCUGCCUGUGAAACCGCAGUCAGUGUCUUUACAGCUGGCCUGCAAUUUGCUGGGGUCAACAGUGUUGUGGGGACAAUGUGGAAGGUCACUGAUAGUACUGUGCAGCACUUGGUGGAGGCAUUCUACAAAAAUAUGCAUGGGGAUGGUUGUCACAACCCAAUAACGAAUUAA